UUUGUUGCAGCUAACGCGAUGGCAGAUAUUGGAACUGAGAAAGUGAUCAAGCUGGUUCCUGAGAACCUGCUCAAGAGACGCAAGGCAUAUCAGGCAAUCAAAGCAACUCAAGCCAAACUUGCAUUACAGCAGAAAAGAAAAGCACAUAAGGGAAUCCCUUUGAAGUUUAAGCGCUUGGAGGAAUUCUUGAAGAACAGCAACAGGAGACAUCGAGAUGAAACACGGCUCGCAAGGCUCAAACAGAGACCUCCCCCUGCUUUGCCACCAGCAAAGCACAGCUUGGUUUUUGCUGUCCGCAUCAGAGAGAUUAAAGGUGUGAGCCCUCAAGUAAAGAAAGGCAUUCAGAUGCUGAGGCUGAGGAAGAUAUUCAGUGGCACCUUUGUGAAAGUCAGCAAUACAUCAUUAAAAAUGCUCAAGACCGUGGAGCCAUAUGUUGCAUGGGGGUUUCCCAACUUGAAAUCAGUCCGUGAGCUCAUAUUGAAAAGAGGUCAAGCAAAGAUCAAUAAGAGAAAAGUUCCUCUUACUGACAACACACUCAUAGAGCAGCAUCUAGGACAAUAUGGGAUCAUCUGUUUAGAGGAUCUUAUCCAUGAGAUCUACUCUGCUGGAAAGAACUUCAGAGUUGUAAACAACUUCCUGUGGCCAUUCCGUUUGUCUGUGCCACGACAUGCUGCUAGAGACAAAGUUGGAUUAAUGAAAGACGUUGGUGACCCUGGACCCAGAGCUGACGACAUAAACAGUGUCAUCAGGAAACUCAACUGAGCUAAUGGACUCUCAUGGAGGCAACCCUGUUGUUGUGUUGCCUCCAUUCAAAAAAUAAAAAAAACUGAAAUCUUUCUAGUGUUGUGCAGGUCUAUUUUAAGCAUUCACUCUAUUUACAUAUAGGGUAGUGACCUCAAGAUACUUCAGAAUGCUGUACCUGCAAGGAGAGGUCAGAGCUAAAUUAAUAAAUGCACUCUUAACAGUGUUCAGUUCAGUUGUGGUGUCCUUUGAAUAAUUCAAAUAACAUGUUUGAGAACGCAUACUGCUGUGUAAUUUGCUCAUUUUCUUUACAUUUUUCUUUUGACCCGAGUUCGUAAAAAGUUUAUAAUGCAUUUUUAUUAAACGAUGCAAAAAUUUACUUUGUGUAUUUUUAUGGUUUAUUGUGAUCUUUUCUUAAUUGUGGGACUGACUGAUAUGAAAUCCUAUGCAUACUGAUGUCAAAAUAAGAUGAUGUUCUCAGUACCUUUUGAAUGUUUUGAUGACAUUUCAAAAUAACCAGAUGGUUAGGUCAGUCCAACAAUAGUGGUGGCGCGUUUCUGCUGCAUUGAGUCUGAAAUCUUUAUCUUGCUUAUAAAACUCAUAAUUUUUGCACUGGAAGAUUAAGCUUAUCUCUAAGUCUUUUUUGUCAAUAAAGCAUGUAGGCCUAUCUUGAUUGUAUGCUGUUCACAUUAAGAUUACCCUGGUUUUAACACUUUCAGCUGUAAAAUUAUACUCAAAAAGUGUUUUUCCUGUACAUCCACUUUCGCUGUGAUCUUCAUUUCUAAAUUUAGUAAA